AUGGCUCGAAACUUCAGGUCAUGCGUACAGUUUGCGGCACAGAGUAAGGGGCCACCGGCCAUAUGUGCGAGUAGCUCGGUGCCCGUUUGUGGCAUCAGUGAGGUGCCCGCAGAGAGGGUUUACAUGGAGGCAUUGGAGGAUGACUUUCGAAUUUAUGAUUCGAGCGAUAAUGAUAGUGCUUCCGGGGAGGUAACAAUUAACGUGAAUGAGCAGAUACAGACCAGUGAGAGGUGUGAUGAAGACAACGAUGAAAGACGCGAAAAGAGAUUACGUCAAGAUAGUGAUGAAGUUGGAGAAACUGAAUUCACGGAGGUGAGACGAACGAGUAAGCGAAUUGCAAGAAGAUUUUCCAAAGAAUCCUCUCCCCCAGGAAGGGUCACUGAUGUCUUACAAACUCCUUUUGCAGAAAAAUAUGUGAUAAGUAUGACUUCUAAGGAGAUAUUGCCGAAACAAUUCCGAAUGGCGAAACUUCUUCAAGCUGAGAACUUUCAGAAUAUUGUUAAAAUUGCCUACAAAGGACCAUAUCGAGUAUUCAUACAUUUUGGAGACAAGUUAAAUGCUGAAAAAAUGUUGAACCAUGAGAAAUUUACGACAAUGGGUUACAAAUGCCACAUGACUAAUGAGGUAACCAUUUCAUAUGGUAUAGUGCGGAACGUGGACUUAGAUUUUGAUGAAAAAGAAGCUAUGGAAAUUUUAAAAUGUGAACAAGAAAUUGUUUCUUUUAAAAGAUUGAAACGUUUAUCUGGAGAAGGCAAAUGGGUAGACUGCGAGACAGUACGACUGGGUAUAAAAGGUUCUACUUUACCCCCGUAUGUUUUCGGAUACGAGUGUCGGUUUAAAGUGGAACCGUACACAUUUCCAGUAAGCCAGUGUUCUGGCUGUUGGAAAUUCGGUCACCUAAUACGAGCUUGCCCGGAGAAUAAAAUCUUAUGCCCCAAAUGUGGAGAAAAACAUAAGAAUUGUGAUACUAAUACCUUUAAAUGUAUUAACUGUAAAGGUCCACAUAUGGCUCUGUUUAAGGGAUGCCCAAUGUUCGUAAAGGAAAAAGAGAUAAGGAGUAUAAUGAGUAGCAAAACUGCACAUAUCAAAAAGCGCUAG